CAAACGCUACAAACACACAGCAAACACACAAGUGAUACCGCGGGAUUCCCUCUGACAACCCCCCCCAAAAAACCCCAGCUCCUCGGUGUGGAAACGCACAUCUCUGGGUGGUGUAUUCCUGGAACGAAAGCGCAAGAUCCGGUUUUUAUUGCACCUGCUCUGGAUGCGUUUUCCUUUCUCAGCUCUCGAUCGGGCCUGACAUCAACAAGGAAAUCAGUGCCGACUCCAGGGCCUGCUGUGCAUUAGCGUGUGUGUGCAGGAUCUGAGACAAACAUCGAGGUUUUUGUGGAGUAGUGCUCGGCGCCAUGGAGCCCACACCAGCCUCCUGAAAAGCGCAAAGGAAACGGAAGAGGAACCGAUCUGGGCUAAAGUCCACUCCUGCUGCAAACGCACCGCCUCCAAACCCGCUCUCACCUGAGCAGACCGACCGGAGAGCGACAGACAGCCAGUCAUGGAGGCCAUCUGGCUGUACCAGUUCCGGCUGAUCGUCAUCGGGGACUCCACGGUGGGCAAGUCGUGUCUGAUCCGCCGCUUCACGGAGGGUCGCUUCGCCCAGGUUUCGGACCCCACGGUCGGCGUGGACUUCUUCUCCCGCCUGGUGGAGAUCGAGCCCGGCAAGAGGAUCAAGCUGCAGAUCUGGGACACCGCGGGGCAGGAGCGCUUCAGGUCUAUCACCAGGGCGUACUACCGUAACUCUGUGGGCGGGCUCCUCCUGUUCGACAUCACAAACCGUCGCUCCUUCCAGAACGUCCACGAUUGGCUCGAAGAGGCACGCAGCCACGUCCAGCCGCACAGCAUCGUCUUCCUAUUGGUCGGCCACAAGUGUGACCUGGAGGCACAGCGCCAGGUAACUCGCCAAGAAGCAGAGAAGCUAGCGGGGGCGUACGGGAUGCGCUACGUCGAGACUUCGGCCCGUGACGCCAUCAACGUGGAGCACGCCUUCACCGAGCUGACCAGAGACAUCUUCGCCCUGGUGCGGACCGGAGAAAUCACCAUCCAGGAGGGCUGGGAGGGCGUCAAGAGCGGGUUCGUCCCCAAUGUGGUUCACUCCUCGGAGGAAGUGACCAAGAGCGAUCGCCGCUGUCUGUGUUGAUCCGGUUUUGGGAACUGAAGGUGACAAGAGGGAAGGGGUCCAGGGAAGGAUUCAGAGGAGAGUGGACUGAGAUGUCAGCCCUCUGACUGUAACCCUCUGUAGUUCAGACUGGAUACGAAAGGGGAGGUUUGAGGACUUUCAAUAAAAGGUAAAAACCAGACAAGCACUCCUUGAACGUGGGUGGACAGCGGAAGUGUUGAGCCCAUAUAUGAAUACAUUUUCUUGGAGAGGAAGGAUAACAGAUUCUCAUUUACUCACGAGGGCUCAAAUGAUUUGUGUAUGGUUUGGGCAUUGUGAAUCUCUCCCUUAGAAAGGCCUUAGAAAGAGGAUCCAUUUGCGCCAAAAUACGAUGAGACUAAUCUUUCUUUCACCUUCACCUCGCCUUCCACUAAUCUUCUACUCUCCUCCAGUAUGCAAUUACAUGAUCACUUAGGAAAUGAUCACUUCACGUUGGGGUUGCGACAUCCUCAGAGCACAUAUUAUUUUAGAAAAGUUAAGUCUGCACCCUUAGAUCCCUCGUUAACAAGAGUGGUGUUCCUCUUGUGCCGAUAUUUUGCUCCACAUUCCACUAUCGGGUCAAUGGAGGAGUCCUGUAGGGCCUACGUUUAAUGAGGGAUUUCCUUUCCUGGAGCUGGGAACACUAUAUCUCUUUGAAGCAAUUAAGGCCUCCUGUGAGCUCAAUGACAUUGACUUCAUGGUAAUAUCCAAUAUCAUUCUGCUAAAUACCGCACUAUAAUAAAACUCUGUCGCCCAUCCAGUUCCUAAUGGACUCCUUAAGCAGGAUAAGACAAGCUCGGUGUACAGCUAAACAGACCGAGGUGGACUAACUUACGCCUCAUUGUCUGCCUUCAACUGGGGGACUUGCUAAGAUGGACUUAUAGGAGUGUUGGAGCCAGAAAGCACUUUAACAGCCAGGUCCAACUUAACUGUGGGGCCUCGUUCGGGACUACAGAUACACACAACGGAGAUCAUUUAUUCCUUGAAAGCAACGAGACGGACCAGACCAUGGACUCCACACAACAAGGGCCACAAUAUCCACAAUGCACGCAUACAGGCAAUAUAAUCAGGCAAAGAAUGUCCAAUUAGCGGGCUUUAAAUCGACUUAGAAAGAGAUCCAGGAGCAGGGAAAUUACGAGGUUAAACUUUGUCCUGACUAAGUGGUUUACAUGCCUUUUUUGUGUGUUUGUGCAAGUCAAUAUCAGAAACCUUUAUUUUCAUUUCAAUACAUUUAAACGCAACAAUUUUGCGCAGUUACAUUUUCCGACUAACACCUUGAAACUACAUGUGUUUUGUUCGGAUCGCUUAGCUUGGUGAUAACCGAAUUUACACACAUCCAUGUUUUAGUGAGCCACAUCAACGUAGAUUUACAUAUACAUUUAAUUUAAACAAUGACGACUUACAGCAUUUUUAGCAAUUAAAUGUACCAUAUCUACCUUAAGCACCUGGAUGUACAUCGGAAUUUCUGCAGUCUAUCUUUUUAUUUAGCCAAUUUUAGUUUUCAUGAUUGGAUAAGCAUUUUGUUUUCUAACUAUCCUUGCUAUGUUCUCUAUUAUAUAUGUUACCGUGACAUUUUCUCACACUGUAUGCCUUCUUUUUACACGUCUCUUAAGUCUUCUGCUUUAUAUUUUUACAUGAAUGUAUCAGCGGGGGAUAAGGUGACGUUGGUCACAUAAGAAAUGUGUGAACAAGUCGAACGCAAAACCUUACAAACUUACCCUGUAUGUCUUACAAAAGCUUUGAGAAAAGUAGUCCAACCCCUCCCCAAUUUCUUGGAGUGCAAUGAUUCCUGACAUAAGACAAAUGUAAGUAAUCGAUCUUCAAAUUAAUUCCAGAAAUAAUAAUACAUACACAAUCUCCCGGAUGCCACUGAAGAUCAUUUUUCCAUUAUAAACAGUUUGCUGUAUCAUCAUCAACCAACCACUCCUUAAAAUACCUGCAAUAAAACACUCUUGAGUCCUCUCUGAAAUCCCUAACAAAUAUUCUGUUCCCUUAUCAGUUUGAUAAUAAUUCUCAUAUUAAAUUGUUUGUGUUCUAAUAGUAUUUCCUUUUAUUCAUGAGUCUUGAAUUUGGGGUUAAAAUUUGCCGUCAUAACGCACAAAAUGAAUACAUAAUGAGGCAACACUAAAAAAAAAAGAGUCUUAUUAAGGGAUGCAAUAUAAAAAUCAUCCUGAAUGGCUUUUAAGGAACUGUGAAGUGAAGAAAUGCUUGAUUGAGGCCCAUUUCCUAAUCUGUCUCUCAUGUUUCUAGACCAAAAUUAUAAUAUCAAACUCCAUGACUUUUGAAAAUAUUGAAAUCCUGUCAGAUCUUUAAAAAAAAGGGCUUUUUUUUCUUGGUUCACUGUUGAAACGAUUGUAAUCAACACAUCUGUGUAUUGUUUCCUGGUGUCAUAUUGACUGGAUAAUGGAAGAAAAAGUCAGACACUAUUUAAGUAAAGAGAAGUCAGGUUAUCCCUGGAGCAGCUGAUUCUAGUAAAACCCAAUUCGAUCAGUGUGUGAAACAAGCAGCCAGCAAUUAAACGCUUAAAUACUUCUUUCCCAGAAGCUGCUUCUGUCUGCUAGUGUCUGUCCAUGUCUUUUGCCUCACAUGACAAUACAGUCUGCGAGUAAAGCAAGUCUGUUUCCUUUCAGUAAGUCAGUGAGGUUUCUGAACAUGAAAGCAGCAGUCCACUCCAUCAAGUUGUUUUCUUAGACGCCUCAGUCUUUUAUUGAUCUUAGUUUGGUGCAAACAAAAGAUGAGAAAAUUCAGAAUUGCUGACAAAAGUCGCCCAAAGGGAUCAAGCAAGGUCACGUUGAAGGGAGGCGUUUGUAUGAUAGCAGUGCUAUGAUCGACGGUAAAGCAAUCUGCUUCUUGGCUCUUUUCACUGCACAGGGUGAUUUACUGGCACUGCACUGUUCUCAGCCAGGAUCCAACUGAGGCUGCUUUCAUGCACACAAUACACAUGACUGCUUAACUUAGUAAACAUGUCAAGUUAACAGGUCUCUUAACUAUAAUUACAGUCAAAUGUAUAGAGAGUCAGUCAUAUCAGGAUUUAGCAUUUUGUUUUUUUGUUAAAUCUGUACUAACAAAACUAGAUGUAACAACAGUAUAUCUUUGUUGUGAAGGGGAAUACUGUGCUGGAAUAUUAAAAGCCCAAGUGAAGUUACUUUAUAAAGUCAUAGGUAGAUAGUUUCAGAUUUUUGGAUCGAAAAUGGCAGUUUACCCCCGUUUCCAGUCAUCGUGCUAAACUACGCUAACUAGCUGCUAGCUGUAGCCUAAUUUUUAUAACACACGUCAGUCCUGAGUUGUGUCCCUCGUGGAAUCUUGUUAGAUUUUAUUUAAAAGGCUUAGCUAAGGUUACCUCUGUGACUUUAUUUGAUGUUAAUGUUUAUUCAAAAGAAGCACAAACUGGGGUUAAUCCGUGUGAUGAAAAUGAAGCUAAAGCUAGCAGACAGUUAGCCUAGCAAUAAAGGUGUAAACGGGGUAAAACGGUUGGCCUUGCUCCUCCAAAACAUACUAAAAUCCAGCUAGCAGCGUUGCUAUUCAAGACUCUAUGAAGUUACUGUUUGUGGCCCAAAACACUUAUUUGCUACCCUAUUUUUGUGCUAAAAUACUCUAGCAGACUGAUGCUAGGCAAGACAUAAUAAUCUGUACCCAUCGUCAAAUUCUUUAAAGCCAUUAUUUGUUUGCCCUGUUUAAUGUCCAUGAUUUAAAAGGAAAUUAAGAGGAAUGGGAAAUUAAUCUCAAUAUUUUCUAAAAACAUUUUGCACAUGCAACGACUCAUGGCUUUCCAAAUCACUCUUUUAUUUGACAUAGAUAUAAUGAUUAAAAGGGGAUGAAGGGAACAACCGUUGACCUGUAGAUGUCUUUUCUACCCUGCCGCUGUGACAUAGCCUACAUGUCAUAAAUUGGUCGGCCUUGCCAUCCAAAGCAUGAAUCUGUUGGGUGUCAACAGCUAUUACAUGCCCUCAGUGUGACCCUUCUUCUCACAGGAGCCGUGGUACAACAAAAACUCACCUUUUUCACCCCUCUGAGAUGUACAGACGAUACUGUAUCACUGUCCUCAAUCCUGCUGGGUGACAUCGGACAGUCUCUUGUUCUGCUCUUAGUUAUCUCUCAACAAACUGAAAUGUACUAAAAAAUAAAUAAAAUGUGACUGGAAAAACAA